CUUCUGCGAUCCCAGAUAAUGGAAGGAGAUCCUGUCUAAAGCUUAAGGUCUUUGUGCGGCCAGCAAACAGCUGUAUGAAAACUAUAGGUGUUCAUGAUCGUGUUUUCGAUGUUAACGACAAAGUAGAAAAUUCAUUAGAACCAGCAGAUGAUACUGUACAUGAGUCAGCCGAGCCAUCCCGUGGUGAGAACGCGGCACAGACACCAAGGAUACCCAGCCGGCUUUUGGCAACUCUAUUGUUCCUCCUGGCAAUGCUUUUGAUAUUAUAG